AAACUUGGCCGCACUGAAAAACAUUUGUUGUCAUUCGGGCAAAUAAACAAAAUUUGCUUAUUAACAGCAAAGCUAUUUUUUGUUUUUUUUUUUUUUGUGAAAAAUGUUGCGAAACUGUACACUGCCUUCGAGUUAUGAGCAAGCUAGAACUAGCAUAAGAUGUGGAGAAAUAAUUUGUUACGACAAUGUAAAUUUCACUAUAAUUUGUGUGCUAUGCAAAAUGAAGCUUUUUGAGUUUGAGGAUUUUAUGCUGCAUUAUCAGAACGUACAUUUACGGGGAAAUGCUCAUGAUAGUGAUAGCGAUAUUGAUGCGGUUGUCGAUGGUGAACUGGAAGCAUGCAUAAAGGAUGAAGAAUUUGAAAAUGUGGAAUACUUGGCUGAAUUGAACGAAUGCGGCGUAAGCCCAGAAUCCGAACCCCAUCCGGUACGUAUUUUGGAAGAUGCAGUAGUAAUAGAGAGAAAAGAUGUGCCAUCCAAAUCAUCAAUCGCAGAAGCAGCUGAUAAUGGUAAUACCAUUGAAUAUGGUAAUGCUGCUGAUGUUGAGGCUAUUUCUAACCGUGAUGAAUUCGAUGACGAAGAAGAUGUAGAUUGGGACGAGAGUAAUGGAGACAAUGAGAACCAUAUAUUAAAAAAGCCUAGAAAGCCAAAAGAGUACACGUGCGCACAUUGUCAAAAAAGUUAUACCACCGAACGUAUAUUGAAGCUCCAUAUAAAUAUGAAACACCUCCGGCCGAAGGACUUUAAAUGCGCGCAAUGCCAUGCCGAGUUUACAGAACAACGUUCUUUGGAUUCUCAUAUGCGGAAAGAACACAUAGGCUUCUCGUGUACACUAUGUGAACGUGUCUAUAAAAAUUCGCGCUCGUUGCGCGUACACCUGCAAUCACACAAAGGUUUAAAAGAAUUUAUUUGCAAGUAUGAGAAUUGUGGGAAAGCAUUUGUUACUUCGACACGUCUUAAAGUACACCAAAAAAUUCAUACAGACGAGAGAAAUUACAUAUGCGAAGUAUGCGGUUAUCGGACGCGACAAAAGGAUGCAUUGGUUGUACACAAGAGAACGCACACGGGGGAAAGACCUUUUGAGUGCACUAUUUGUGGACGUCGAUUUAUCUCAGCCUCACUACUUAACGAACACAAACCCAUGCAUUCUACAGAGCGUCCGCAUAAGUGCGACGUAUGUGGAGCAGCAUUUUCACGCAGCAAAGCCCUAUAUCAUCACAAACACUUGCACUUAGGUAUUAAAAAGUUUGUAUGUAAACUAUGCGGUAGAGCUUAUGCCCAAAUGGCGGGAUUGGCAGGUCAUAUGCGUCAGCAUAAGGCGGAAGAGCAGAGUUUUCUAAGUCCGGCGAAUAACAGACGUCCACUCACAGAGAAGUCUACAGAAUUAACACCAAAUAUGAUGCUCUCCUUUGCGAAUACAGCUACUUCUCGGAAAAUGUUAAAACUUUUGCCGCCGGAUACGAGCAAAUUUCAUAACUUUAAAUGUGGCGAGAUUUACUGCCUCAGUUCGAAUAGCUACAAUGUGGCGUGCUGUUUGUGCGGCAUAAAUGUAGAAUUCGAACGAUUCCCACAACAUUUCCAAAAUGAACACUUGACGCCUAAACCCGAAAAAGUUGAAAAGAGUACGCCGAAUGCAGAAGAAACCAUAAAAGUUGACGUAGAUCCUAUAAAGAGCGAAGAUGAGGAUGUUAGUGAUAACGGGGGCGAUUCCGCUGGCUUUGAUGGACAAGAUUCAGAUCACGAUGAAGCUGUAGUUGAUGAAAAACCAUUUGACUUCGUUGACUUGCAGAAUUUAGAUGUGAACGUUGUUGAGCCGGAGAAGAAGUCUAAGCACAAAAAAGAAGCAGAUAAUGACGAUGCUAGUGACACAAAGUCAACGGAUGACAAAAGAGAUGCACAUGAUGAAGACUGGCGUCCAGAGGAUUCCUCCGACGACGAAAAGCCGAAAGCUCAAGAUGACAUUGAUUCUCUUCCGUACCCAUGUCCGGACUGUAUGAGAUCAUAUAAAACCAAACGCAGCAUGCUAACGCACCACCGACAAACACAUAAUCCAACAAAAAGAAAGCCUAAGGAGCCCAAUUUGAAAUUCAAAUGUGAGGAAUGUGGUGAGUUAUUUAGAGCUGAAAGGAAUUUGCGUGCGCACAAAUGGAAACAUACUGGUAUUGUGUGCGACAUUUGUGGCAAGAAAUUCUCUCAAACUGGUAACCUGCAACGACAUAAAAUACGACACACCGGCAUAAAGGCGCACAAGUGUCAGGAAUGUGGCAACGACUUUUUCACAGAUAAAGAAUUAAAAGCACAUAUGCUGCGCCAUACAGGCGAAAGACCAGUAGUUUGUGAGAUAUGCGGAAGACGUUGUCGCGACCACGGGGUAUACAAAGCACAUAUGCGUCGACACACUGGUGAAAGACCUGCAAAAUGCGAUGUUUGUGGCAAAGCUUUUUACAGUUUCCACGAUCUAAAUGUGCAUGCGGUAACACAUAGCACUGAACGACCAUUUGCAUGCGACAUGUGCGGUUCAACGUUUCAAAGAAAGAAGUCUCUUCGCGUGCAUAAAAAAUUACAUUCUAAAGAUCGUAAACACGAAUGUAAAGUGUGCGGCAAAACGUUUGCACAAUCGGGAGGCUUGAAUGCGCAUAUGCGGACCCACGAUGCAGCAUUGAGUCGGAGUAUUGUGGGCACUAGCAGCGCAAUUCCUGCACCUGUAGUUACAGAUGGUGUUGGCUCUAGUACCAGCAUGGGUCUUGCAGGUGCUAUUGGGGUAGGUCUUGGGACAGAUGUCAAUCCAGUUAACUCUAUUGGAGAGACACUAUUGGGUGUUACUGGUGUGCUGAGUGGGACCGGCUCAACAAUUGAUUCUGUCACUAAUUAGAUUUAUUGAGGAUUCGCUAGAAUAUCACUGUAUGUAUGUACACAUGUAUGUGUUUGAAUAUGUUUUGGUAUAAUUUCAAUUAAAAUUUUUAUGCUAGCAUAAGUUCAUCACAAUGUGCGAGAACAGCUUACUAUUAAGGACACUAUUAAAAUAAAAUAAGUAUUCAGACAUACUUAUGACUAUUUCUUUUAUGAUUUGCAUUAUAAAAUCUUCAAUCACUUGUUUUCGUAAUAUACAUAUAAAUACAUAUGUUUUGAGAAGCUUUAAAUUAUUCUAAAUAUCAUUCGUGUCAUCUAGACCGAAAAUAUGGUACGAAGUUAAACUGAUUUUCUAUAAAAUAACAUAAAAUGAAUCAGGCAACAGCCUUAAUCGUGGUACAUUAAAAAAAAAUCUAAGACAGCUGAACGGUAGAAAAUCUGUGAAAACGAAGCAUAAUAUUUAAUAUGGGUGUACAUU